AAUUAUGAAAAAAAAAGGUCUGAGCGAAAGUAAAAAGAAAGAAAACCAAAAGAACUUUGCGGUGGUAGAAAGGGCGGAAGAGGGCGGAAGAGCAGCGGUGGCCGGCUGUGGAAAAAUUAAAUGGCCACCCCUCUUUCCUCCCAUUUCCCUCUUUCUUUCUUCCCUUCUCAAUCACCUUCCUUUGGAAAGCCUUUUCUCUUUUCUUCCUCUAUUUCUUUCCCCGCUCUUCGUUUUCUCUCUUACACCAACCUCACGAAGCUCCCUAGAACCUCUCUCCUCGCUUUCUCUUCCAACAAUUCCGGUUCUUCUCCUUUCAACGAUCCUUCCGGUUCGAAUUCUUCUCCCUCUAAGAAAUCGGUUCUCACCAAUCUGAUACAGGAGAUCGAACCAUUGGAUAUUAGCCUUAUCCAAAAAGAUGUCCCCCCUUCAACUGUGGAUGCAAUGAAAAGGACUAUUUCGGACAUGUUGGGUUUACUUCCAUCUGAUAGGUUUCAAGUCUUUAUCGAGGCAUUGUGGGAACCUCUUUCAAAGUUAUUGAUCUCUUCUAUGAUGACAGGUUAUACAUUGAGGAAUGCUGAAUAUAGGCUUUGCCUUGAACGGAGCCUUGGUUGUGAAGGAUGUUUGGGAAAAACUCCGGACAAAUGGAACUUUGAUUUACAAGAGGUAUUGUUGGACAGUACAAAAAUAAGUGAUUGUUCAGGGAAAGACUAUGUGUCAUCUGAAUUCGAGGAAACCACUGAAGACAAAGUUGAAGACAUUGAAUUUCAAGGCAUAGGUGAAAUAUCCCCUGAAACUCGUAAAUACAUACUUCUUUUGCAGUCUCGUCUAACUUCCAUGAAAAAGGAACUUCGUGAAAUCAAGGGGGAAAAUGCUGCUUUACAAAUGCAACAAAUUGCUGGGGAAGAAAAGAACGAUUUACUAAACUACUUGAGAUCACUACAACCAGAUAAGGUAGCGGAGCUUUCCGAACCAACAUCCCCUGAACUGAAAGAAACAAUCGACUCUGUCGUCCACAAUCUCCUGACCACCCUUUCUCCAAAGAUGCAUUCAAAGAUUCCUCCUUUGUCAGAGAACAAUGCAACUGGAACUGUAAAUAAUAUUGAGAUUGAAGAUUGUACAGAACUUGUUGAGAAUACUUCACUUCAGUUACAACCCAUUAUUUCGUUAACACGAGACUACCUUGCUCGUCUUCUCUUCUGGUGUAUGCUAUUGGGACACUACCUUAAAGGUCUCGAGUAUCGGAUGGAGCUAAUCGAACGUGUUUAAAAAUGUGCCAAAACAUUUGAUUGAAACUAUGUCUUCUGACGUUCAUAGUUCUUUCUGAACGUGUAUGCUAUUGGGACACUACCUUAAAGGUCUCGAGUAUCGGAUGGAGCUAAUCGAACUUUUAUCCUCGACAAGCAAGCCCAAGGACAACGGCAUGGUGAUGAGCAGGUUAUUUAGAGUUGCUCUGAUAUGAAAGACUACUUUUUUUUUUCCGAAGAAGGCUGGAUUUGAACCAAGGUUAGGCCCUUAUAAUCUCUUGCUGAUGGAGUUAUUUUUAUGCAUAAAAUGGAUACAAAUGUUGAGCAAAUUGCUAAUAACCAAAGUUAUUUUGGUACUUCUCAAUUGUUUAAUUGAUCUUAAUUAAAAUUUAGAGUGUUUAGUAUCUACCAUUGAUUUAAAAUUUCUAGUA